UUUCCACUUCCACCAUCCCAAUCUUUUCACUUUUUGCCGUUGUCUUCAACGCUUUGCUGUUUGCUCCUGUUGUCUUCCCCCAGGACCAUCAUUCUCCAGAGUACUAGUACUAGUGUCUACUAGCUAGUAUCCAUUGACCUACCAGUUUUAUUUUGUAGCACCAUGACCAUGUUCAAGCUCUUCUUCCUCGUCUUGUCAGUAUUGCUACUACUAACGACAUCGGAUGGAUUCCUGGUGUCUGUCGCGGACGAACAAGAUAUUGAAGUCGUGUCGAAUCCGCAUUCCCCAGAUACCUGCGUGGCCGGUGCCUUUUUGGAUGCCUUGCUAGAACCCUAUCAUUUGAUUGUCAAACCCAUGCUCACGCAAAUGGACACCUUUCAAGAACUCUCCUAUGCCAAGGUGCUGACCGUUCCAGUUCCCAUUUACACCAUGAAACAGCCAGCAAGACUUUCCGCAGCCCAACUCCAGUUCCAAUUGGUACUCGUCAAGGAUGUUUCUGCGGGGACCCUAAAUUUGAUCUAUGAAGUUCCCGUUCCCAUGGAACAAGCCAAGGACAGUUGGUUUCCAGGAUAUUACUGGACUCCCAUCAUCAUGGGAUGCAGUAAGGACCAGGGAUACAAUCAUGUGGGAUGGAAAUUCACCAAAUUGGAACAAAACAACUCCGAAAAUGACAUUCACCACGAUAUGCUGCCUCACUUUUAUGCGCUCAUGGUAAAGGUGGAUAACAAGGAAAAAACGGAAGGAUUGCGAGUGGGGGGAUUCAAAGCACCCGGAUGGAUGGUCGGAGGAGCCAUUUUCUCCUAAACAAGAAACAAACAGAACACAACAGAAUCGUUUCAGCCAAUGCGAAAACUCAACGACAAUUGACACAAGACAAGUGGGCGGCGGAAUUGCAGGUGAACUGAAUCGAAUCGAAUCCGCCCAUUUAUCAUUAGACUAGUGAUCCUCAUCAGCCCUUCUCGAGCAAAUCGGUAGGGGUCCAACGUAUUUUUAGAAAAAGGAAUCAAUCCAACGAAGAACGGCAAAACAACUUGCUUUGCUUCUAUGGUUGCGGCACGUGUACGAAACCAUGAUGCAAUACACAAUUUUUAGUAAACUUCGUAAUUUUAAUGCAGACUUUGCAGCUUUUCUCGCUGCACCGUGUCUGUGU